CUAGCAUUAACGACACUCGGUGAUGAAAUGAUCAGCCUGCAACCCCCAACAGAAACGCUGCGACCUUAAGCUCCUUACCCUGCUUCUUCUCCUUCAACGGCGGACCGCCCGCACCCCCAACCCACCCCGAUUUUCACUCCAUUAAACGGCGCCGGGUUUUUCGGGAAAGGUUGUGCGGACGUGUGUACACUACAUGUAUAAUAAAGCGCAACUUUUGGUAGAUACCGUUAGCGGUUUCCCGUCACCGGUAUUCUUCCCUCCCAUGCAUCUGUGUUAACUAAUGGGUUGUAUCCUCGGCAAGCCGUCAACACGCAGUGUUCGACGGAGUGUCGGUGGAGGUUCGGCCCACCGCCCCCGUCGUCGGAGCGCUGGUGAUGGGUCCAUAACUACUGUUACUGUUGCUGGUGCGGCCAACGCUGGCAGGGAUGAGAAAGAACCGGAGAGAGAGGGGCAACAGAAAGCGAGACACACUGGGGAUUUUCCAGGUAAUGGUAUGGGCCUGGAGCGUCGGAGGCCACGGCUGGAGGUGAACCAACAGGGGUGGCCCUCCUGGCUUGUUGCUGUCGCCGGUGAUGCCAUUCGUGACUGGACCCCUCGCCGAGCCAACACUUUCGAGAAACUCGACAAGAUUGGGCAAGGGACUUACAGUAACGUGUACAAAGCCAGGGAUCUUUUGACUGGGAAGAUAGUGGCAUUGAAGAAGGUUAGAUUUGAUAAUUUGGAGCCAGAAAGUGUGAAGUUCAUGGCUAGAGAGAUUCUUGUAUUAAGGAGGCUUGACCAUCCCAAUAUAAUCAGGCUUGAGGGUUUGGUUACUUCUAGGAUGUCUUCUAGUCUCUACUUGAUUUUUGAGUACAUGGAGCACGAUCUUGCUGGACUCGCGGCCUGCCAAAGGAUCAAGUUCACUGAGCCACAGGUAAAGUGCUAUGUGAAGCAGUUACUUUCUGGGCUUGAGCAUUGCCACAACCGGGGUGUAUUGCACCGUGAUAUUAAGGGUUCUAAUCUUCUAAUUAAUGAUGAAGGGAUUCUAAAAAUUGCUGAUUUUGGAUUGGCUACUUUCUUUAAUCCUGAUCACAAGCAGCCCCUGACUAGUCGGGUAGUCACUCUCUGGUACCGACCACCUGAACUUCUUCUUGGGGCCACUUAUUAUAGUGUUGGUGUGGACCUCUGGAGUGCUGGCUGCAUUUUGGCAGAGCUACUAGCUGGGAAGCCAAUAAUGCCAGGAAGGACAGAGGUUGAACAACUACACAAGAUAUUUAAGUUGUGUGGCUCUCCCUCUGAGGAGUACUGGAAGAAGUCGAAAUUGCCAAAUGCAACACUCUUCAAGCCACAGCAGCCAUACAAAUGCUGUAUAGCAGAAACCUUCAAGGAUUUUCCACCUUCUUCUAUACCUCUAAUUGAAACACUUCUAUCUAUAGACCCUGAUGAGCGAGGCACUGCUACUGCAUCUCUGAAUAGUGAAUUCUUUACCACUGAACCAUAUGCUUGUGAGCCAUCAAGUUUACCAAAGUAUCCUCCUACCAAAGAAAUUGAUGUAAAAUUGAGAGAUGAAGAAGCAAGAAGACAAAAAGGUCUAGGUGGGAAAGCUAGUGCAGUUGAUGGUGCCAGAAGGGUUAGGGUUCGUGAACGUGCCAGUCGGGCAAUUCCAGCCCCUGAAGCAAAUGCAGAAAUUCAAGCAAACUUAGAUAGAUGGAGAGUUGUUACACAAACAAAUGCAAAUGCUAAGAGCAAGAGUGAGAAAUUCCCACCUCCCCAUCAAGAUGGAGCAGUUGGACAUCCCCAGGAUGCAUCACACAAAGCCCCCGUCUCAUUUGGUACGACAGAUACUUCUUUUGGCUCAUCAUUUUUCAACAAUAAGUCAUCUGGAUCUUCUAAAAGUGCCGGCCCCCCUGGAGGUCCUUCAAGGAGGAGGAAAACCAAUAAAGAAGACCUCCAGAGGGCUCCAUCUGGAAGUUUCAUCCAUGGUUUGAAGCCAUGUGCAAGAGGGAUAUCAAUGGAUAUGCUAUUUAGGGGUAAAUCUGAGAUCUUUGGGAGCCAUAAAUAGAAUGGUGAUACUCCUUUUUGUACUUACCUAUAUAUAUUUUUGAGAAGUAGGUAUUUAGUUGCAUUUUUUCCAUUUGUUACUCCUCAUUUAUUGUAAUUUGAUGGUAUAAAUAACUGGUAUAUAGCCUGCAACCUCAUUAAGUUGGUUCAUGAUCUACAAAUGGAAUUCCACUUUUUGUUGUACAUAGACUCUGGACAGAGUGCUGAAUCUUCUUAAUGUUGGCUGAAAAAAAAAUGAAACAUGCACAUUCAC